AAUGUGAUAUAAAUCUUAAAAUCUGAAAACUUUCAUUUGUUUGUUUGUUCUGAUCUGAUUUGAUUUCCUUGUUUAAAUUCUCAUUUUAAAAAAAUGUCACCAGGUUUCUUUCAAAGAUUUCAAUAUGAAUUUCCCGUUGAAUCAACUUAUAAUCCACAUUAUCAUCGUUACCAUCAUCACCAUCAUCGUUAUCAUUCAUUAAUUCAUUGGAUAAAAUUUCGUUUUCGUAAUCGUUUACGUUUAAUAUUCAUUGUUUGCCUUUCCAUAAUCAUAUUGAUAUCAAUGUAUAUUGGUGGCGUAUUUGUUUAUCCAUUCGAAACAACAUUCAAUGAAGAAAAUUUUCAUUAUCCAAUUUAUUCAAAAGAUUUUCGUUAUUUUAUUGAAAGUGCUAAACAAAAUUUAUCCGAAAAUGCUUUGAAACCGAUUAAUAAUUAUUCAUUUCAUUAUCAUUUGAAUCCUGUGUAUAAAUGUCAACAACAAGAUAAUUUUCAAAAAAAUUCAACAUUCGAUAAUAAUAAUUCCCCAAUAACAUUAUUAUUAGUGAUAAAAAGUGCAACUUGUAAUUUUCUACAACGAAUUAUAAUCCGUCAAACAUGGGGUAAUGAACAACGUUUUAGUGAUGUAAAAAUUCGAACAGUUUUUAUGUUGGGUGAAUGUUCAUCAAUCGAUUGUCCAAAUGAACAUCAUCCAACAACAACAACAAUAAUGUUUACUCGGAAAUCACAAAAAUUUAUUAAAAUUUUUAAUCAAAAUCAAACAAUCGAUUGUCAACGAUUAAUCGAUAUUGAAAAUCAAUUCUAUCGGGAUAUAGUACAAGCUGAUUUUAUUGAUUCCUAUUAUAAUAAUACAAAAAAAACAAUGUCAUCAUUACAAUGGACAGCAAAAAAUUGUAAUCAAGUGCCAUUUAUUUUAUUUGUUGAUGAUGAUUAUUAUAUAUCGAUAAAAAAUUUACUUAAAUUUUCACGAAAUUAUUUACGUUUUAUAAUGGAACCAACAACCGAACAAUUUGAUGAUUCGGAUUUAAGUGAUAAUCAAGAUAUACAACAAGCACAAGUUGAUUGGCUUCAACAUCGACAACAAUAUGAUGGUCGAUUAUAUGUUGGUUAUUUAUUUCCAAAUUCACAUCCAUUAAGACAUUUAACAUCAAAAUGGUAUAUUAGUUUAAAUGAAUAUGAAUGGAAUCAAUAUCCACCAUAUAUAACUGGUGGUUGUUUUCUAGUCAAUAAUCAAACUUUAAUCGAUCUUUAUUAUUCAAGUCUUUAUAGUGAAUCAUUUAAAUAUGAUGAUGUUUAUCUGGGUAUAUUAGCAUAUCGUAUGAAUAUUAAAUUGAUUGAUUUAAAACAACAAAUAUCAUUUUAUUCAUUAAAAUAUGAUUGGAAAAAAUUUUCCAAAUUAAUUGGUUCACAUGGUUUUCAUGAUCCGAAUCAUUUAUGGCAAAUUUGGAAUGAACAAAAAUCAUUGGAAAAUGAUCCAAUUGUUCCGGCUAAAGAAAGUACAAUUAUAGCUGAAGGUGAAUCGGCUGAUGAUGUACAUCGUACUGUUAAAGAUUUUAGUAAUGAAAUUGCAACAAAUGAAAAAGGUGGUAAAGAUUUUCUUGAAUUUGAUUAUAAUCCGAAUAAAGAUAUAUUCAAAUUUUCUGGUCAUGUUCCACAAUUGUUUACCGAAAUGAUGCAACAAAUGUUAUCACAUACACAACAAAUGUUUCAAAAUUUUCCAAUGACUGCCAUUAAUAAUUAUCCAGAUAAUUAUAAUGGUACAACUGAAUCAGAAAUCUUGAUUGGUGGUCGUCGAUUUCGUAAAAAAGAAAGAGUUAUUAAUCAAUCCGGCGAUGGUACACGAUUAAGUAUCAUUUCAACUGUUUAUGAACCAAUUGAUGAUGAAAUCGAUAUUACAACAAUGUUACCGAAUAAAGAUGGUGUAACAGAAGGACCGGUUAUUUCCUAUUAAAAUUCAAAUUACCAGCAAUUUUAUUUUUAUUUUUUGUUCAAAGUUUGAAAUAUUUUAUUUUAUUAUUUGAUUCAUUUGAUUUUUGUAAAAAAUGCAUACAUUCUUUUA